AUGGAUCUCUUUCCCAUUCGUGUUUCUAUCUCUGAAGGCACGCCCCAAAGUAGUGAAAUUGUCUUUAUUAAUGCCUCUAAGUAUUCCUUAGCCUAUUUUCUGGCUAAUAUUCUUACUAUGUUUCCUGGGGUUAGUGAAAGGGAAGAGCUUACCGGGGUAGAAGAAAGUCUUUGUUCACGUUUACAUUCAGAGAUAGAUACGCAGUUAAAAAGAUACACAUCAGAUCUGGCCGUAUUUAGUGUGCGCUUUCCUUUAGGAAGAAUUCCAGUACAUUUAGACUUUCAAGUAGAGACCUUUUUAAAGAUAGAGGACUGGCUUAUCUUUCGACUGCCCAUAGGAAACACUCCCGAAGUGUAUGCACGUGAUUUAUUUUUGACUUAUGGGUUGCCGGAAGGUGAAUUACUAACUUUAUUCUCUUUCUACAUUAGAGAAGAGAUCUUACGCCAAAUCAAAAUUAUGUUGCAAAAUGAAUCUUUAGAAGUAACUGUACCUAGAACAGGGCCAAAAAUUAGUCUGAUCCCACCAGGCGAGUGGCUGUCACAACACGUGUUUGCUUACGACACUCCUGGCCGCGUAUCAGUAGUCAAAGAACAAGAAAGACGACGUAAAAGAAGAGGAUAG